CGACGUAACCAAAAGAAGGAUGAGAGCAUCUUGAGGAUGAUGGAAAAGACCUCCCUCUGCGUCGAGCCGACAGAACUUGUCUUCUCUCCAACGGGAAUCCUCCGAAAGCAACGGGUGAUCUCUGGCAAUGUUGAGGAUAGUAGCCCGCUCAAGGGUGAAACGCCAAUACCCAAAAGACGAGUCAGCCGCCCCAAGAGGGUUCUCUCGCAACUUGACGCUAACAUUAACCGUCGGCAACAUGGACCGAACAAGAAGAGAAACAAGAAGGCCGAAAGACAGGGUGUCGAGUGUAUGGGCGAGCAUUCGACCCAGAGUGCUGCGCAAACACGUCAGGGCCAAGUAUCGAUAUAUCGGAGGAGUUGCGCAGACGAUCAGGCUAAGUCUGUCCCUAAGAGAAGGAGCGGGCUCAAGGAUCGCAACGAGUUCGCAGUGUACCGUGACGAGGAAGGACAGCACCGGCGAAGCUCGAGGAACCAGCAUAUCAGUGGUGGAUUGUCAUAUGCAGCAUCUGCCGUUUCCCACCCCAUUUUUCUUCUGCGCGAAUACACAACCCGCACGGACGAGUGUGCGUCCCGCUCCGCUACUCAUCUAUCUGCAUUCACAGAACGUACCGCUGAUGAGACCAUGGAUAAGGAGAACAUUGAACCUCUCUUCAAUGCCUGCGGCCGCAUCGAUCCUGGAGUGGGCUGGAGUUCCCCUGCCAUGAAGCAACAUCUAGCAAAUGACAUAGGUUACCCGCCACAGCUCUUCUAUCAAACUGCUCAAUCUGCCGGUUUGAGUCCAUUUGGAGGUCAUGAUAGUCCCGCAGGGUAUCACUACAAUCCUCUAUCAGUCUCGCUGGGCAGACUACCUGUCGAAGAGGCUCAGUUGAGUACCCUGAACUCACAGGCGGGAGCAGAUUAUAAGGCACGGCCUGAGUCCCCUGAAGGCACAAUCUCAGAUGCCGAGGAAGGGGAAUUCGAGCGGCUCUACCUGCCUGGAAGCUCUUGUUAAUCUUCCACUCUUGCUAUGGCUGCCUGCCCGACUGCGUCCUCAAAAUGUUGUCGCUGGCUCACUCUCGAUGUCGUCAGCACCCAAGCA